UUCCCUUCCCAGACCUCAUUGAAGGGUUGGCGGUGGAGGUGGGAGCACCUUGCUGGAGAUCCCUGUGUAUCUGAGGUCUUCUAAAGUUACACGCCAUCAAAUUGGUGAACCUCUCAAGAGUCUGAGAAGCUGGUGCUGAAGCUGAAGCCUGGAAAGUGCUCCUCGAUAUUUUUUUGCUGGAUUGUGCGAUGUCUGCUGCAGAAGAGUUUUCUGCAAGUCCCUCUCUUGCAUGACAACACUGUGUGAAACUGUCAUAACCAGUACAGCUGAGAGUUGGAAAACAUGCCCUGCUUGGAGAUGACAACCAAAAGGAAAAUUAUUGGCCGCUUGGUGCCGUGCCGCUGUUUUCGAGGUGAGGAAGAGAUCGUUUCUGUGCUGGAUUACUCUCACUGCGGCCUACAGCAGGUGCCAAAGGAGGUCUUCAACUUCGAGCGGACGUUAGAGGAGCUUUAUCUGGAUGCCAAUCAAAUCGAAGAGCUACCCAAGCAACUGUUCAACUGCCAAGCGCUACGCAAGCUGAGCAUACCAGACAAUGACCUCUCGAGUCUGCCAACCACCAUUGCUAGCUUAGUUAAUCUCAGAGAACUUGAUAUCAGUAAAAAUGGAAUUCAAGACUUUCCAGAAAAUAUUAAGUGUUGUAAGUGUUUAACAAUUAUCGAAGCCAGUGUCAAUCCAGUAUCUAAGCUGCCAGAUGGCUUCACACAACUUCUAAAUUUGACCCAGCUCUAUCUAAAUGAUGCCUUUUUGGAGUUUCUCCCAGCUAACUUUGGAAGACUUGUCAAAUUGAGAAUUUUGGAGUUAAGGGAAAAUCACUUGAAAACUCUACCAAAGUCGAUGCACAAGCUGACUCAGCUGGAGAGACUUGAUCUGGGCAAUAAUGAGUUCUCUGAACUGCCUGAGGUUCUCGAACAAAUACAAAAUCUGAAGGAAUUAUGGAUGGACAAUAAUUCUCUGCAAGUACUACCUGGGUCUAUAGGGAAGUUAAAACAGCUCGUGUACCUGGAUAUGUCAAAAAACAGGAUAGAAACUGUUGAUUUGGACAUAUCGGGAUGUGAAGGACUUGAAGACCUCCUGUUGUCAUCAAAUAUGUUGCAGCAACUGCCAGACUCCAUAGGGCUGCUGAAAAGGCUCACAACGUUAAAGGUCGAUGACAAUCAGCUCACGAUUUUGCCCAAUGCGAUUGGAAAUUUAUCUUUAUUAGAAGAAUUUGACUGCAGCUGUAAUGAGUUGGAGUCGUUACCUUCUACCAUCGGUUACCUUCACAACCUGAGGACGUUGGCUGUGGAUGAGAAUUUCCUUCCUGAGCUGCCUAGAGAAAUUGGAAGUUGUAAAAACGUAACCGUGAUGUCUCUGCGUUCCAACAAACUGGAAUUCCUCCCUGAUGAAAUAGGCCAGAUGCAGAAGCUGAGAGUGUUAAACCUGAGCGAUAACAGACUGAAGAACUUACCAUUCACUUUUACUAAGCUCAAAGAACUUGCGGCUCUGUGGCUUUCUGACAACCAGUCCAAGGCUCUCAUCCCCCUGCAAACUGAGGCUCACCCGGAAACAAAGCAGAGAGUGCUGACUAACUACAUGUUUCCCCAGCAGCCCCGCAGCGAUGAAGAUUUCCAGUCAGACAGUGAUAGUUUCAACCCUACUUUAUGGGAGGAGCAGAGACAGCAACGUAUGACUGUUGCCUUUGAAUUUGAAGAAAAAAAAGAAGAGGAGGAAAAUGCAGGAAAAGUUAAGGUUGAAAUAAAUCUAAAACGUUAUCCCACUCCAUACCCGGAGGAUUUAAAGAAUAUGGUAAAAUCAGUUCAAAAUCUGGUGGGCAAAACAAGCCAUGGAGUACGGCCUGAGAACUCAGCACCAACCGUGAACACUGAACAAACUGUGAAAGAAAAGUAUGAGCACAAGUGGCCCAUGGCACCAAAGGAGAUUUCAGUGGAGGAUGCCUUUGGACAUCCUGCCAGUGAGAUGAGGAUAGGGGAACUUCGUCCUUCCCUGCCAGAGACUCCGUUGUACCCACCCAAACUUGUUCUUCUGGGUAAAGACAAGAAAGAGUCGACAGAUGAGUCUGAAGCAGAUAAGAUCCAUUGUCUGAAUAACAGCGUUUCCUCAGGCACUUACUCAGACUAUUCCCCUUCCCAGGCUUCCUCAGGGUCCUCCAACGCGCAUGUUAAAAUGGGGUCCUUGCAGACAACGGCUAAAGAAGCAGUGAAUAACUCUUUGUGGGGGAACAGCAGGCUGGUGCAGUCGUUUCCACAGCCCCUCGAAACAAAGCCAUUACUGAGCCAGCGGGAAUCUGCUCCGGCAGGGAACGUGCCGCCGCGCACCGACAGGCGUCCUCUGAGUGACACCUUCACCGACAGCUGGAAUGACAGCUCGCACUACGACAACACCGGCUUCGUGGCGGAGGAGAGUGCGGUGGAGAACCCUAGCGCUAACCCUCUUCUAAGCACGAAAUCCAGAAGCACAUCUGCGCAUGGGCGCAGGCCGCUGAUUAGGCAGGACAGGAUAGUUGGCAUUCCUCUGGAGCUGGAGCAGCCGACGCUCAGAAACACACACGAAUCUGAAGUGCCUCCUCCCAAUCCUUGGCAAAAUUGGACCAGAACCCCUAGUCCUUUUGAAGACAGGACAGCUUUUCCUUCCAAACUGGAAAACACCCCCACCACCAGCCCUUUGCCUGAGCGGAAAGAUCAUGUCAAAGAGUCUCCUGAGAUAACUAGCACUUUCGCUCCCGGAAUAGCAUGGGAAUAUCACGAUUCAAAUGCUAACAGAAGCCUCACAAAUGUCUUUUCACAUAUCCACUGUCGCCCAGACCCUUCUAAAAGCGUUAUUUCCAUCAGCAAGAGUACAGAAAGGCUUUCUCCGAUGAUGAGGGAUAUAAAAACUAACAAAUUUAAGAAAUCACAAAGUAUCGACGAGAUAGACAUCGGUACAUACAAGGUUUAUAAUAUACCUUUAGAAAACUAUGCAUCUGGUAACGAUACUGUAGGAGCCCACGAGAGGGUGGACAAGCUGCUGGGCCCGGAGCACGGCAUGCUGAGCAUGUCCCGCAGCCAGUCGGUCCCCAUGCUGGACGACGAGCUGCUGACCUACGGCAGCGUCAAGGUGCAGCCGCAGCAGAAGUCGUCCGUGACGAAGAAGGUCUACCAGUUUGACCAAAGCUUCAACCCGCAGGGAGCAGUGGAGGUCACGGCCGAGAAGAGGUUACCGCCGCCUUUCCAGCUCAACCCCGAGUACAUUCCCCAGCAGAGUAAAAACCUGCCCCAGGAGCUGGUCAGCCCCAGGGCGUACCGCGGCUACCCGCCCGUGGAGCACAUGUUCUCCUUCUCCCAGCCGUCAGUGAACGAGGAUGCCGUCAGCACGCCCUUCACGAGCCAGGGCUCCAGGCCGGGCUUCUUGAGGAGGGCGGAUUCGCUGGCCAGCUCCACCGAGAUGUCCAUGUUCCGGAGGGUGAGCGAGCCCCACGAGCUGCCCCCCAGCGACAGGUAUGGCCGGCCUCCGUACCGCGGGGCCGCGGAGCGCCAGGGCAGCAUCUCGGUCUCAGAGUCCCAGUUCCUCAAGAGGAAUGGCAGGUACGAAGACGAGCAUCCUUCCUAUCAAGAAGUGAAAGCCCAGACUGGCAGCUUUCCCGUUAAAAACCUUACCCAAAGGAGGCCCUUGUCCGCAAGAAGCUACAGUACAGAGAGUUACGGUACCUCUCAAACCAGGCCGGUUUCAGCGAGGCCUACCAUGGCGGCUCUGCUGGAAAAGAUACCGUCAGACUAUAACUUGGGUAACUAUGGCGACAAGCCUUCCGAUAACAGUGAUAUAAAGACAAGGCCUACCCCUGUGAAGGGAAAUGAGAGCUGUGCUAAAAUGCCCGCUGACUGGAGACAACAGCUACUUAGACAUAUAGAAGCUAGAAGGUUAGACAGGACCGCUGCUUACAAACACAACACAGUUAGCCUUGGCAUGCUGCACUCUGGAGGGUUUUCAGCAAUGCAUGCCGGCAGAAGCAUGACUUUAAACUUGCAGACUAAAUCUAAAUUUGAAAACCAAAUGCUUCAAGAGCUACCUCUACCGAAAGUAAGUAUGGGAUAGCCAGCAUAUACCAGCAUUACCAAUAAAUUAAUAAUAAUCCUUGCUUUUUCCUGGUUUAGCUUUUGCCUAUUGUUCAUGCUUAUACUGUACACAAUCCAAAAAGCAAAGAUGAUGGUAAGACCGUUUUCCUACUCAAUGAUCUUGCUUUUUGGAUUAAGGAGCUCACGUGGCUGUCAUUACUGCUUUCUGCUCUUGUGUUAGGCGAUGCGAUCAUUAUAUUUUCUAAACGAUUUGAUGUGUGCAUAGAAAUGAAGAACAUGCUUUGUUUUGUGACUGUUUAAUCUUAAAAAAUUAAUGUAAAGAUGUUUGACAUGCAGUUGAAUAGGCUCCAAGAGACAGGAUUUGUAACAUUUGAACAUUAAUUGGGUUCUCUGUAAUAGCUGAUACUCACUCAGUGCCGUGAGUUAGUGCCUAGCACACCUCAUGUAACGUUCAGCUUUUCUUUUGAGUAAUGCCCUUAGAAAGAAUAUUUUUCGUAUUUUUGCUAAGUAUUUUCAGCUGUUAAUGACAUAUUGUUGAUCAGCGCACACGUACACAGCUCUACGCACGCAGUGAGAAGAACAGUGAGGGCCACUGCUGCCCCAUCUCCGGGUGCCAGCGAGAUGCUGAGCCCUGCUGCGUGGCGCUGGAAGGGGCGAGCAUCGCUGCGUGCCUCACCCCGUCACAGCAGUAGCUGGUGGUGCAGAUGAGCUGCAUCUCUGCGAGUAAUUAAAUGGUAGCAGAGCGCAGAGCCAGGCACUGGAACGCCGUCAUCUGCCCCGGUAAUUGCCGGGCUGCCGCGGGCGCGUGGCCGCAGCCAGCUGGUGCAGUGCCAGGGAGGGCUGUGCCGCCGGGGUAGGGCUUCCAUCCAGCCCCGCGUGCCAGAGAACCGAGGGGCAGCAGCGUGACCGGGCUGCGCCGGCCAAAGGGCUCCUAGCUGACGCCGGCACGCAGCGAGGUUCUCAAGCAAAGCUGCGAUAGCUUAACAGCGCGCACACCACACAGAGCUCGCUGCCAGGUGCCCCUGCUGCCACUUUCCAUACCACCGCCUCCAUUCGCGCCUCCCAUUCUGCUGUCCCGGGUUUGAGCGUUUGCCGCCUCGUUGUCCAGCUCAGGUCUCGGCUGUGGCUGUGUGUGCUGGGACACGGACCGCUGUCCGGUGUUGCUCGUGUUGUUUUUUUUUUCUGUCCAAGAGUUUGUUUGUCUGUUUGGGUUUAUGGUACCUCUUGUCAGCAGUCCUUCCAGACACCCAUCCAUCUGACAGUAGCUCCGGACAGGGGGAGUGGUUUUGUAUACGCAUUUAAGAAUAAUAUGCACAGUUUUGGGGUAUAAAUGAAUACGGAAAUGAAAACCUGGAUAUCUGAGGAACUGGUCGGGGUGAUGCGUUUGGGGCAUGCCCUCGUGUGAAUUAUUCUGCUUUAUAUCUCACCGGCAUUUCAUUGCUACGUAUCCAUGUGACAUGUGAUGCUGAAAUGCAUGAGGGGUGUUUUCUCUUACUGUACCAUUUGGGAAGGGGGUAAGACUAUUGUUGGAAAAAGAAUAAUUAAUGUUUAAUAUUGUUUGAUUUUAUUCCUUCAAGUGUUGUAAAGCAUUUUGCACUUCUCAGUGAAUCCAGGCCACGGCAGCUCCAUCCUCUCCCCUCCUCUCCUCUCCUCCUCCCUCUGUGCCGUGGCCGGAUUCAGGAGAGUAACGAGUGGGGUCUGCUUGUCCAGUGGAAGAUCAGGAAACCGUGUUUAGCAGUGAUGUAUUCUGAUGAGGUUAAUUACACUGAGCCCACUCCACGUACCAAAUGUCUAACUGCCCACCCCAGUUUUCACUCAGACGUAGCGGAUAACUGGUUGUUACUGGUUUGCAGUCUGUCCAAGCUCUGUAAAUGAAUAACAUGGCAAGGAGGGGGAUCCGUUUUUCUGCAGAUAGUGAAAAGAAGAACUUUUAUCACAGAAUCUUCCUUUCUAUUCAGAAAGCAACCUCUGUGUUUUGUCCCUUGUUGGGCGUUAACUCAGCACCGCAGAUCAGCCGGGUGCUUAGGAUACAGGCACGGUGUUGGCUACAGUGACAAGAGCAGCGCUUUUCUGAGGGUUGCUUUGAAUGGUCGGCGUCAGAGCCGGUGCUUUGGGGCACAGCAGGCCCAGAAGUGUGCAGCAGCCGCGCCAGUCAUCAGCGUACCAGCAUGUGUAGCUCAGCAGGGAAAGCUGUGAUCCCCAGGGUAGCGGCCUCCAGCAGUCCUGCAGGCUGGGCAGCGAGCUCCUGCCCGGCAGCACCGCGCCCCUAGGGCCCUGUCUGCCCUUCCUGCUCCAUAGUUCCCCGCUGCUCCUCAAAGCGUGGCACUGUGCACGGAGCACUUUCAUUUCAGGAGCAGUUUGCUGCCCUUGGGUGUGGGCAUAGUGGUGUGUGAGGCAGCAGAGGGGCUGAGCCCCGCAGCAGGGCCCACGCUGUGCCCGUGGGAACGGGGGAACCCCGGGCUGUCGGUUUCGUGUGAGGAAAAUCACAGCUUUCCUGAUUCCUCUGGAAGACUUCUUGAAUGGUGACAGCUUUCAUGGAUUUGAAAUAAUGAAGGAUGAAUUUCCUUUACUGACCUCUGAAGAGAGCAGUUUUUAGAAGUUUAACUUUGUUUAUUUUCAGAGGGUUGCUAAGCCUGCACUGUAGAAGAAAAGUUCCUAAUUGACCUGUUAUCAGCUCUAAUAUUUCAAAGCCGCAGCCCCAUGUGUUCUUCAGUUAUCUGAAGAAGCGUUUCGCCAAUUGUUUCAAACCUAAAUUGAAGAAGGAAUUGCUUGGAUGUUGGAGGGAACCCCCCGCACUAACCAAAGCUGAGCGGGGAGUUUCCUGCAGGAGCUGCUCGGUGCUGCCGGGGGCAGGGAGGUGCUGGAGCACUGCGAGGGUCCGGCACAGAGCAAUGUACCCAUGUCAGCAUGAUGUCAGCUGUGGUGAUGAAACACAGCGAUAGGAGGAAGGCUGGAGGAGGCAGGAAGGUGCAGGUGGCCUGAAGGGCACCGAGAGCCGUGCGGUGAGAAAGUGACCCGAGUCGUGUCUGAAAGGAGAGAAAAGCAGAGAAAAAGUACCAAAAAAAAAAAAAAAAUUAAUGCCACACUUAUUUAGGAAAUGAUGCGUGUGUUAUGUCUGUUCGUAUUCAGGAAAGCGUUUACAUCCUGGUUAAUGUUGUGUGUACAGUGCCCGGCUGCCUUGGAACAGAACCAGGGGAGGUGUGUGUCGAGCAUCCUAUGGGGCCCACAGCCCCACUGCAGGCAGUGUCCAUCUGAGCAAAGAAAGGUGUCAUCCAGCCGCGCUCAGCGCCCCGCGACAUGCUUUUGGUGGCCAAUAGGAAAGCCUUCAUUCAAACAAUUAAUGCAAAUUUAAGUAUGUGACUUUGCCAAAAUUUGUUUUUCUGAAAACAAGGAUCGAGGGUAAAUGAAUUUUCUCUUUUCUGUCAUCGUUCAUUGCACUCGUUAUUUCUCCUGUGUGUUUGUCAAGAUCUCUAACUCGCAGAGUCCCACUGGCAUAUGAUUGUGCGCUAACGAAAUGCCGUAGAUAUGUCAGAGAUUUCCAUUUUAGCGAUAGUGCUGAUUACUGAAAUAAGGUUGGAGCAGUGUUGUUGCCGGUGACUAAAGGCUGCCCUACCGUUUGUGAACAGACCCCGUCGCAGCAGAGCAGCGUCCUGGACAACGGGCAGGACGAGGGGCCGGGGAGCGGCCAGUGGAACCCCUACCCGCUGGGGCGGCGGGACGUGCCCCCCGACACCGUCACCAAGAAG